AUGGCUGGUGAUGGUAAUGAUGGUGAUGAUGGUAGUGAUGAUGGUGGUAAUGAUUAUGGAGUUGAUGGUGAUGAUGGUAGUGAUGAUGGUGGUAAUGAUUAUGGAAUUGAUGGUAAUGAUGGUGAUGGUAGUGAUGAUGGUGAUGUUAGUAAUGGCCAGUGAUAGUAGUUAUGAUGGUGAAGAUGGUAGUGAUUGUGAUGAUGGUGGUAAUGAUUAUGAAGGUGAUGAUGGUGAUAAUUGUAGUGAUGAUGGUGAUGUGUCCAGUGAUGGUAAUGAUGAUGAUGGUAAUGAUUCUGGAGUUGAUAGUGGGAUGGUAAUGAUGGUAAAUGAUGAUAAUAAUGUAGUGAUGAUCAUGGUGAUAAUGGUAGUGAUGACCAUGAUGAUGGUGGUAGUGAAGAUGUAUUGA